UAGGUCUGCCGCCUCCUCAUCUCGUGGGGCGCAAACCCGCACGCGGCAAGCGACACGAGGCCGCUCCCCGGCUCGCCAGCGGACCUGGCCUGGGAGCACAUGCAGGCAUGGGCCGACAACGACACCGACAAGAACUUGAUCCGAGCCAUCUUCCCGGCCCCGCUCGACCUCGACCGCCGGCGCUUCUCCAAACUGCACCUCUCCGUCCUCGGCAUCCACCACGCCGCCAUCGACGCCCUCCUCCUCUCUGAUCCCGCCCUCCUCCUCUCUGAUCCCGCCCUCCUCCUCUCUGAUCCCGCCCUCCUCGACGCACAAGACCGCCACGGCCGCGCCGCCGCGCACUGGGCCGCAUGGAAAGGCGACGUCAGCACUCUAACCAAGCUCCUCAGCCACGGCGCCAGCCCGAACCUCGCCGACACCCGCGGCCCGACCCCCCUGCACUACGCGUGCAUGACGGGGCUGGCCGCGUGCACGGCAGCCCUCGUGGCCGCGGGCGCCGACCUAAACAGCGCCGACCACCUCGGCAUCACGCCGCUGCUGGGUUUGCCGCUGGGGACGUGCAGAGCUGAUGCGCUGACUGCGGGAGGGCUGACGCCGCUGGAGACGCUGAGACAGAGGGGCCGUGUCACGAAGGAGCUUAUCGAGGUGUUUGGUGCUUUGUUGGUCAAGGCGGGGUGGGGAGCAAGGGGUGUUGUUUUGAGUGGCUUUUUGGGGACGGAGGAUGAGAGCGAGAGCGAGGCGGGUUCAGAGGGAGAUGUCUUUGUUUUGGCCGACGAGGGAGCUGAUGUCUGACUGGGACAUCAGCUAAUUAUUUGGGUGUUGUGGUUCGGUGCUGAUGCGGCGGCUUAGAAGUCUUUUCGGAAGUCGAAACGCCUUAAGGGGACAUAAUAAUUGAUGGUUCAUAUAUUGUUAGCAGAGUCGUUUAGUGUAGGCUCGCGGUGAAUGUUUCCGUCCCCGGU